AUGGCGACUGAGAACCAAGCUCUUGAAAUACAAGAACCAGACGAGGCGAGACCCGCUAAGAGAGUGCGACUCGACGCUCCUCUGGGUGUCACGGAAGAGACGCAGCAAGAGAUGGCCGACGAAGACGACUGGGACGAUGUCUACGCAGACCCGAGCGCCGAAAAGUCUGCCACAGAGACAGUGACAAACACUGCGAGCAUCGAUCAACCAGACUCCACUGCGACCAUCCACUCGAACACUGCAUCUUCUGCAGCACUCACCGAACUACAAGAGCAUCAGUAUGGCGUCUCGGUGAAGGAAAACGAAGAGAAGAAGCCGGAAAUUAUGGAUGGAGUUCCAGCCGAAGCCAUAGCACAAGACGACGAUCUGGUGGCACCCCCUCAGCCGUCAUCGCAGAACAAUGACAAGGCUUCGCUGGAUGUUAUGGAGGAGAUGACGGAGAUUGAGUGCCACCAACCUGACAUCAAAAUGGAGGAAUUGCAGGGUCAUAACACGGGCAAAGUGGAUGGCAAUAUGGGAGAUGUCCAACAUGCGAAUCGACCAGAAGACCUUGACAGAGAGCAACCCCGUCCAGUUCCAAAACCUGCAGAUGAUCCAGAGUUCAUGGCGGCAGCUGCUGCUCAAAAAGACAACAAGAAAGCAGAACGGCAGUUUGACUCCUCAGAUGCCGAGUCUUCUUCAGACUCCGACAGCUCGGACUCAGACGAUUCGUCAGACGAUUCUGAUAGCGGCAGCGAAGGCGGGUAUGAGAUGCUUGACCCUGCUACUGCUGCCAAGAUUCUCAUGUCAGGCGACGAUGGCGACGACGAAGGAGGUAAGGGCAAAGACAAGGCGGGCGCCAACCAUCAGCCAAGAACGACAAACGAAGCCAAAGAGGAGGUGGUCGUCAAACCUGACGUAAAGGUGACUGAGGACAUGAAGGUCACAUUUCUGGGCAAUGUUGAACGGACCGUCGAGAACAUGGUCCUCAUCAAGGGAGCCACUCCUGGUGAGUAUCAAGUCCUCGAAGGCGGCUCUGUACUUUGCAACGAGAAUCGAGAAGUCAUUGGAGCGAUCGCGGAUACUUUCGGACGGGUCCAGGAGCCUCUUUACAGUGUCGCGUUCACCAACGCCAAAGAGAUCGAAGACGCUGGUCUCGAGUACGGCUCCAAGGUCUACUACGUGGACAGCCACAGCACAUUCGUCUUCACCCAGCCUCUCAAGAACAUGAAGGGUACCGACGCUUCGAACAUCCACGACGAAGAAGUCGGUGAAGACGAGAUGGAGUUUUCGGAUGACGAAGCUGAGGCAGAGUUCAAGAGGCAACGAAAGUUAGCCAAGAAAGCAGGCCGUGGUGGACUUUCACGUGCCGCAUUCCAAGAAGGUGCUCGUACGUACGGCGCGUCUGGUCACGACGGCGGACAGACUUUCGUUGGUGGCAGUGAUGCUCCAAGCCAGACGUACGGCGGCGGUAUGAGCUAUGACGACAACGAGCCUGCGGAGGACUUCUACCAGCCACUGAAGCGGCCUGAUAACCUCAGCGAUCUGAUGGCUGGUCGAACUCUUCCUCCCAAACCACAGCUGCCAGCAUUCGACCGUGGCAGAGGCCGCGGACGCGGAGACCGAGGCCGUGGUGAUCGUGGGAGAGGACGAGGCGAUCGUGGCAGAGGCAGAGGCGGCUUCGAACAGCGUGGUGGACGUGGAGGCGGUGGUCGCGGCAAUUAUCAACAAAACGACUCUCACAGAGGUAACGCACAGGGCUUUCAGAACCGACAAGCCGGCCACCGGGAUACUGACAGACAGCACUCAUUGCCGCCCAAGCCUACUGCACCUCAUGGGGCUUCACCUCCGCCUCCUGCACAGCAUCCUCCUCCGCAAUGGCCAGCGCUACAGUUCAAUGGCUAUCCACAGUUUGGUGCUCAAGCCCCAGUACCGGCGCCACCGCAGCACAACGCAUACUGGCAGCAGCCACCGCAACCGCAGUACCCUGCAGCACCAGUGCCAGCUGGCGCUUAUGUCAAUCCGGCAUUCUUCCAACAGCAGGCGAACCAGCAGCAGCAGAUGCAAGCACAGCAGCAAGGGUACGCCGCUUGGGGCAGUCAUUAUCAACAGCAGCAACAGCAGUACGCUCACGCAUACGGCGCUGCGCCAUCGACUGCAGGUGCUGUACAGAAUCACCAAGCUCCUCAGCAGCAGCAACCUCCAGUGGAACCAGAGCACCAGUUCAAUCUGAGUGACAUCCUCAAGAGACUUGGCGCAAACUAG